AUGCGACUUCCAGCAGACCUUGAGUCUCAUGGCAAGCCCACGGGUGCCAUGGCAGUUCCCAGGCUGGCCUUAAAAUGUCACAAAGUGGUUCUCACGUCGGAUGUUCAGAGCAAGCUGUUUAAGAUGCAUCUCCCCAUCUACGCUUCAGACGGUUGUGCUCCUGACAGCUUUCCAGGGGAUGCUUCUCUGCAGCGGCCUUUGAGCAGAAGGCCCUGCGGGGUGGCCGGAGCAGGUGGUGGCGCCAUGAAUGUCGCCAAGCAGUGGAUCCAUCUGGCUAACGAGAAGCACAGCAAGCACAUGACCCAGCACAGCAACAUCGCUGAGACCUCGAGAAACGCUCCCGAAGAGAAGGCGUCUGUAGGACCCUGGUGACUGGCUCUCUUCAUUUUUGUUGUCGGUGGUUCUGCAAUUUUCCAAAUUACUCAAAGUAUCCGGAUGGGCAUGUGAAGUGAGUGACCU